AAUGAAUAAAGAAAGAGACGCCAUCAUUGUCCGAGCGACCAACUGAGUGAGACACAGCUUCCCUUUGAAUUCACUCCAUCGAAGCAGAUCCCAAAAAGGGUCCUUCAUUUCUCACACACUCACUUCACAAUCUUCGAUUCAGAAGCUCCAAUCCCUCUCAAAAUCAAUGCUGCCAGACACCCGAAUCGUCGCCGCCUGCUAAAUCCAACUCCGUCUUCGCAAUGAUGGUGGACACCUCAACGCUUGGGCGCUUCCACCACCAAAGACUCGAAUUCAAGCGCUGUCUCCCCGCAAUCAUAACCUCCCACAGAACCCUCUUCACCGUCCUCUGGAUCGCCGCCUUCGCCUCCGUCUUCAUCUGGCAGAGGAACGUUGUUGUCGGAGGCUUCUUCCUCUUCGGUCGGACCCUCCCGCCGCGCCCGAUUCCCAAGCUGAGGCCGGUGGCUUUCAACUUGACGGAUUUCGGGGGUGUCGGCGACGGUGUCACCCUCAACACUGAGGCAUUUGAGAGGGCCGUUUCUGCGAUUUCCAAGUUGGGGAAGAAAGGUGGUGGCCAGCUCAAUGUGCCUCCCGGUCGCUGGCUUACUGCGCCCUUCAAUCUCACCAGCCAUAUGACACUUUUUGUAGCUCAAGAUGCUGUUAUUCUUGGACUUGAUGAUGAGAAGUAUUGGCCACUGAUGCCACCAUUGCCAUCGUAUGGGUAUGGGAGGGAGCAUCCUGGACCACGAUAUGGCAGUUUGAUUCAUGGUCAAAAUCUUAAAGAUAUUGUGAUAACAGGGCAUAACGGUACCAUAAAUGGACAGGGACAAACCUGGUGGAAAAAGUAUCGUCAAAAACGUCUCAACCACACAAGGGGGCCACUUGUUCAGAUCAUGUGGUCUAGUGACAUUGUCAUUGCUGAUAUUACUUUACGCGACUCUCCUUUUUGGACACUUCAUCCAUAUGACUGCAAAAAUAUCACUAUAAGAAAUGUUACAAUAUUGGCUCCUGUAACUGAAGCUCCAAAUACUGAUGGCAUAGAUCCUGACUCUUGUGAGGACAUGUUGAUAGAGGACUGUUACAUAAGUACAGGAGAUGAUGCAAUUGCAAUAAAAAGUGGCUGGGAUCAGUAUGGAAUUGCUUAUGGAAGGCCAUCCAUGAAUAUAAUGAUCCGGAAUCUAGUUGUUCGCUCCGUGGUCAGUGCUGGCGUUUCAAUAGGCAGUGAGAUGUCUGGUGGGGUGUCCAAUGUGACUGUGGAGAAUCUUCUUGUAUGGGGUUCUAGGCGUGCCGUGAGGAUUAAAACGGCCCCUGGGCGAGGCGGAUUUGUUCGCCAUAUUACUUACCGGAAUCUAACAUUUGAUAACGUCCGUGUUGGAAUAGUAAUUAAGACAGAUUACAACGAGCACCCUGAUGAUGGAUAUGACCCUAGUGCACUUCCUGUACUCAAAGACAUAAGUUUCACCACCGUCCAUGGCCAGGGUGUUCGUGUGCCAGUACGAAUUCAUGGCAGCGAAGAGAUCCCAGUGAGAAAUGUGACGUUUCGGGACAUGUCAGUUGGCCUGACUUACAAGAAGAAACAUAUCUUUCAGUGUGCCUUUGUCCAAGGGCGCGUAAUAGGGACCAUCUUUCCUGCUCCCUGUGAGAACCUUGAUCGGUACAAUGAGCAUGGACAGCUAGUUAAGCAUUCUGCUUCCCAGAAUGUAACAGACAUUGAUUAUGAUUUUUGAGGUUUCAAGUUCACAAAUUUACCGGCCUUGUUCCAUCAUCCAUCGGAUCCUCAAGUUUCUGUCUAUCAGAUCAUGUUUUUGGAGUGUAACAGUCGAGUUAAUUUUCUUUCUUUCUUUCUUUCUUUCUUUUUAUGGGGAAGUUAAAUGUUCUAUUUCUUCUUUUUUUUUUUUUUAUUUGUAACACUCCAAUUUAUAGCUUUAUUAAGUAGAGUUGUAUAUACGGAAAAUUUUCAGAUGCUUACCUGUGUUUACUAGAAUAUACAAAUUCAGAACUCGCUGCUAUGUGCUAUCAUU